GAGCAGCGCAGAAUGACUGGCGGGCGCCUCUGCGUCCCUCUCCGCCGAGAGAGUGAAUAAUCCGAAGGGCGGGCGGGCGGCAGGACCCAGCGGACACCUUUCCCCCUUUGCCUGCCUCUCCUCUGCGCCUGGCCUGGGCCCCGUUUGCGGCGCUGCGCCCCUUUUCUUAAAGGGGAAGGAGGGCGCAACAAAGGAGGACCAUGGAGAAGGGGCCAGGAGUGGAGUGUGAUCGGCGACUGCGGCGCCUGCCUUCACGCCUCUCCGCAGACCCUGAGAGGGAGGCCCCAGCGGCGGAGAUCUCCCUGACCCUGAUCGCCUCCUUCCAAGCCUUGGAGAAGAAGAUGGAUUCCCACGCAACGCGGCUGCAGGACCUGGAAGGCCGGGCGGGGACAGCCGAGAAGAAGAUUCUGGACUGCGAGAAGACCACCGUGGAGAUGGGCAACCAGCUGGAGAGCAAGUGGGCCACCCUGGGCACCCUCAUCCAGGAGUACGGGCUGCUCCAGCGCCGGCUGGAGAACAUGGAGAACCUGCUCAAGAACCGGAACUUCUGGAUCCUGCGGCUGCCCCUGGGUUCCAAGGGGGAGACCCCCAAGGUGCCGGUGACGUUCGAUGAUGUGUCUGUGUAUUUCAAUGACAAGGAGUGGGAGAAGCUGGAGGCGUGGCAGAAGGAACUCUACAAAAACCUGAUGAAGGAGAACCACGAGUCCUUGAUCUCUUUGGACUAUGCAAUUUCUAAACCAGGCGUUUUAACGCAGACGGAGCCGGGACCGGAUGGAGAUGAGCAGGAUUCAGAGGAGCAGGGCAGCCCUCCGGAUCCCACGACAGCUGGCCUCCGGGUGGUAAUCAAAACGGAGGAGCCCCAUUCGGACGACUGCCCAGAAGACCUGGAGCGGCAGCAGAUGUCCGGCAGUUCGGAAGGGGAUUUCCAAGGCCUGGACCAAGAGCCGACCAGCGGAAGCCCCUACAGCGCGGCCACUCCGCUGGGCAACUUCGCAGGGAACAACACGGAGGAAGGCAGCGAAUACGGCGGCUUUGGGGAAAUCAAGAGGGUCACUGUCCAGCACGGCAACUGCGCAGAUGAUGGAAUCGUGAUCAAAAUGGAGGAGGAGGACGAGGAAGAGGAAGAGGAGGAGGAAGAAGAAGAGGAGGAAGAAGAAGAGGAGGAGGAAAACCCGGUCAGCUUGGAGCCCCGGGGGCUGUUCUCUUCGAGGGCCGAGCCCCCUUGCUCCCUGAAUUGCAACGUGGAAACCCGGCGGGAGGAGCAGCGGGUCCCGAAGCCUGCCCGGCCCACGGUGGGGAUCUGCGCCCCGCUGUGCGAGAGGGACAGUGGUGCCGAGGCGAGGCCCGUCAUGCUGCAGCAGCGGAACCGGACGCGGGAGCGGCCCUACGUCUGCCCAGAGUGUGGAAAGAGCUUUAUGCUGCGCAUCAACUACAUCAUCCACCAGCGCAACCAUCUCAAGGAAGGGCCCUACGAGUGCCACGCCUGCGACCUCAGCUUCCGCAUCAAGCAGCAGUUCCUGCUGCACCAGCGGCUCCACACCGCGCGGCGUGGAGGGGUGGCGGCCCCUCCGCCCCGCCGGGGACAGCCCUUCCCGGAGAAGCGGGGCCUCAAGCCGCAGCCGCGAACCCCGCCGGCCCCGGGGAAGCCCUACAAGUGUGGCGAGUGUGAGAGCAGCUUCAGCCACAAGUCCAGCCUGAGCAAGCACCAGAUCACGCACGUGGGCGAUCGGCCGUACUCCUGCGGCGAGUGCCGGAAGAGCUUCCGGCUGCAGAUCUCGCUGGCCAUGCACCAGCGGGUGCACACGGGGAAGAGCGAGCUCUCCUUCAUCUGCCCGCAGUGCGGAAAGGCCUUCAGCCGCCCCUCGCACCUCCUGCGGCACCAGCGGACUCACACUGGCGAGCGGCCCUACAAGUGCAGCCAGUGCGACAAGACCUUCAGCGAGAAGUCCAAGCUGACCAACCACUACCGCGUCCACACCCGGGAGAGGCCCCACGCCUGCGGCGAGUGCGGGAAGGGCUUCAUCCGCAAGCACCACCUCCUGGAGCACCAGCGCAUCCACACCGGAGAGCGGCCCUACCACUGCGCCGAGUGCGGGAAGAAUUUCACCCAGAAGCACCACCUGCUGGAGCACCAGCGAGCGCACACUGGCGAGAGGCCCUACCCUUGCACCGAGUGCGCCAAGUGCUUCCGCUACAAGCAGUCCCUCAAGUACCACUUGCGGACACAUAUGGGGGAGUGAGGGUCACUCGCUCACUUGCCCCUCAAUGGUCUUGCGCAUCAUGCGGCACCCUGGCACCCGGGGGACAGAGGACUGGCCGGCUGACCGGUCAGUUGAUUGCUCGCUCAAGAGUGGGUGAUGGGGGGAAACCCUUCCCAUGUAUCCCUCUGCCCCCCCUCCUGCCCCUUCUCACCCGGGAGCAGAGACGCGUGGUCUCUCCCUAUAAGUAAAUAACGGGUUUCAGAAUCAAACUAACCGCACCUGUUGGCACCAUGACACUUGCCAGACCUUGAACUCAAUUUGCCUUGCUUCUGCCUUCCCUGCCCCUCAUUCUGUUCUUUUUGAUAAUAAAUGUGGAGUCUGAUUUAUUUGGUAAGCAAACGCUGAAAA